ACUACAAAUGAACAGUUUGUGAAUUCCUCCUUUAAUGACAACCGUCGACGUUGUAAACUCUGCCUAUGUAGCAUAUAAUGGUUUAUAAUAGUCUCAUUUUAUACUAAUAAUCAUUUAAAUAUCUAUUUCUAACAGUUAGCCAUGUAGCUUUAGCUUGAGUCUAAUCUAAUAGUUUCCCUAUUCACCACCCAGUCUGUAGAGACUCUGCGGAUGUAAUCGUGUUAGCUUUUCUCAUAGAUUUCCAGGAUGUUGGACUGGAACUGGACGUUCAAAGAAACCAAAGUCCAGGGUUCGAGUUACAGUCUGAUCAAGUCCCACCAUCCGCCCAGGCUCAAAACCGAGCCGGUGGGAGCUGACCAUGGAGGACCCGGGAUUCGUCUGAGAAACACUUGAUGCACCUAAUUAAGGUUUUCUUUUUGUAAACUCAUCUGAUGUUUACAAUGAUGGGCAGUCGAAGAAACGGCUUAACGAAGGAAAGCUUUAUCCUGUCGGUGGACGUUGGCACAACGUCAAUCAGAUGUCAUGUGUACGACAAGGAGGCGAGGAUCCGAGGAUCAUGCACCAGCAAGGUCGUCCCUUUGUAUCCAGAUGUGGGACACGUAGAGGUGGACCCAGAUGCAUUGUGGGAAGGCUUUAUCACUGUGGUCAAAGGAGCAGUGCAAGAUGCAGGAGUCCAGAUGUGCCAGAUGGAGGCCCUCGGCAUCUCCACUCAGAGAGCAACCUUCACCACCUGGGACAGGAGGACGGGGGUUCCUUUUCACAACUUCAUCAGCUGGCAGGACCAGAGAGCUGCAGACCUGGUGAAGUCUUGGAACAGGUCCUGCAUCAUGAAGAUAAUCCACGGCGCAAUGAAGGUGGCCUACUUCCUGACACGGGACAAGCGGUCGCUCGCAGCGAGCCUCAUCGUCUUUUCCACUCAGCACGUCACCUUUCGCCUCGUGUGGGUGUUGGCCCACUACAAGCAGGUCCAUCAAGCGAUUGAAGAAGGCAACUGCUGCUUUGGAACCAUAGACACCUGGCUCCUGUUCAGACUCACCAAAGGUUGUGUCCACGCCACAGACUACUCCAACGCCAGUUCAACGGGGAUCUUUGACUCCUACCAGAUGUGCUGGAGUCAGUUUCUCUGCUCUCUUGUCUCUCUGCCCCUCUCAAUAUUCCCCCAAGUAGAAAAUACAGGCCAUAAGUUCGGCUGCACAGAUCCGUCCAUCCUUGGAGUGUCCAUUCCCAUCAUGUCAGUGAUGGCGGACCAGCAGGCGGCCAUGUUUGGAGAGUGCUGCUUCGAUGUGGGCGAUGUGAAAAUCACGAUGGGAACCGGCACCUUCAUGGACAUCAACACUGGGAGCAAACCGCACACGUCUGUGGCAGGUCUGUAUCCGCUGGUGGGGUGGAAGAUCGGCUCAGACGUCGUUUACCUUGCAGAGGGCAACGCAGCAGACACGGGCACUGCCAUCAAAUGGGCCCAAGAACUUGAACUUUUCUCAGACGUCGGAGAGACCAGCGACAUGGCUUACAGUGUCAGCGACUCAGAUGGAGUGUGCUUUGUCCCUUCCUUCAGCGGCCUGCAGGCUCCUCUGAAUGACCCCAGAGCGUGUGCUUCCCUGAUGGGCCUCAAACCUUCCACGACUAAAAGCCAUUUGGUCCGAGCCAUUCUGGAGUCGGUUGCCUUCAGAAACAAGCAGCUGUAUGAGACAAUGCUCAGAGAGACCCGCAUCCCCAUCACAAAGAUCAGGGUGGACGGUGGCGUUUCCUCCAACGACUUUGUCCUGCAGCUGACUGCAGACCUGUUCUGCAGAAAGGUGAUCCGGCCCCAACACCGGGAGAUGUCGUCCCUGGGGGCCGCUUUUGUUGCCGGACUCGGAGUGGGUUUCUGGAUGACCCGUGAAGAGCUGAAGAAGCUGCAGAGCGCUGAUAAGGUGUUCCUGCCUAAAGGUGCUGCCGGCCCCGGUCAGGAAUACAACCCCAUCCUCCAGAGCUGGGAGAGAGCCCUGAGGCGCUCCAUGAACUGGUACAAGCCCUGACUGUGGGACGCACGUGAACCAGCUGCUGAGUACGUGUGAAACGCAGAACUAACCGCCAUCAGCUGUGCCUUCAAAUGAAUAUAACUGUUUAUCUGUGUGAAUCAUGGUCCACGUAAUUUAAAGACACGGUACUUAAAGCUGCAGCAGGUGAAGGAAGGUGUACAAUGGACCACAAGUUACUUGAAAAUGAAAAUCUUCUGAACUUUCCAGUCAAGUCAGAACUGUUCUGAGGUCCUGUUCAGACCAGGCACUAACAACCAAACCGGGGGAUCAGAUCAUGAAGACUCCUAGUACAGACCAGAAUCUUUUGACAUUUCAUUUAGAGCUUUGACUUGCUGAAAGCAACCUUAGCAAAUUCCAGUUUCUCUUUGAGACCUAAAAAAAAUGAAGCUAACCGAAUAGGGCUUUUCUCUCAUCUCUUUAUCACUAGCAGUCAAAUAUUGAUUAUAUCAACACUGUGUGUGAGGGCUGCUGUAAAACAGGGUUUUAGUUAUUUAAAGCAAAGACAUUCUUGAAGUCGAUGUUUUAAACCAUCUUGAAUCCGUGUUUAACAUCUCAUUGGAAAGGAAAGUAGCUAACUUUGAGUCUUUUGUCCUCAGUAACUGAGGACUAUUGUUAGACCCAGAAACAUUUAAAUAUGUGAAUGGAAGCAGACCAGAUGUUUUCAUUUCUGACCAUCAAACUAUAAAAAUCAUCAGAUUCUGGUCGCCGGCCGAUUUCUCAGUACAUCUUCAAUCUUAUCUGCAUUGUAGUCUGAACACAAACACUUGGCUAAUGGUCCACGCAUGACUCCGGUUAUUAGCUCUACAUUGGAUUCUUCUGGUUUUAAGAAAACUCUAAUAAAAACUAAAUUAAUGAGUAAUCCAUGUAUCUAGCUGGAGGUAGAUUUUUAGGCAAACAUUUCUACUGUAAGACAAAUACAGUACAAGCAGCAGGUUGCUGAGAUCUGUUUUGGUUCAUCAUAAUCAGUCAUAUUUCAGUAAAAGUCAAAUGGUCCAAACAUAUAAAAGAUCAAAAAUAAGGUGAAAUAAGCCUUCAGGAGAUAAUAUAUAAAUAUUUUCAUUUAUAUCAAGUCAAAGAUAACUGUGUUUAUGUAGAAUAUCUAAACCACAGUUGGCUAAAGUACUUUAUACACAAAAUGAUUGGCAAUGAAACAACUAAAAAUGUAUUGUCACAACAAACACAUUGAUAUCAAAUAAUUAUGUUUUAAUCAGAAAGUUUGUCAGCCGUUUCUCCAGAUUGAAGCACUUUUCUGACUGUUUAUUUUAUAAUUCAUAUAAAUAUUUAGAUCUGAGAAAAAAAAAUGCUAUGCAAUAAUUUAAUUGCAUUGGUGCAAAACAAUGGUUAGAGUUGACAAAAACUUCAGUCCUGCACAGUCUUGAUGAUCAAGGUAUAAACCAAUAGAUGUGUGUAUGUAUGGGUUGUUAUUUUUGUGAGGUGAGUGUAAAAAAAAAGCCACAUAAACCUCCAAUGUGUUCAUGAUUAUUUUAUAGUUCGGGUUUUUAGGGAUUUCAUAGAAACAGGAGGUGAUGUUCUGCUUGUUGCCAUGGAUUCCGUACAGAUUUCUUGUGUUCUGACUUUUCUUUGACAUACUUUCAUGAUCUAAAUUAUCAACAAAUUCUAUUAUGAAAGAUAAUUUUAGUAAAUUUGAGUAAAUAAGAAAUCCAGCUUUAAAAUGAGAAUUUCAUUUAUUCUCCUUAGAAAUGUUCUGUCAGAGUGCAGAGUUCAUGGAAAUUUCCUUUUUAUUACUAUUAUUAUUUUCUCACAUUGUUGUCAUCUGAUAUUAAAAAUGGUUGGAUUUGACACCUUUAAAUGUGACCAAAAAACCCCGAAGAAAUCUGAAAGGGAUUAAGUACUUUUUUUUUUUUUUUUUUUGAAACUGGAACCUGAGAUUGGAUCAUUUAGGAAGCGUUUUUAAGUGAAUCUUACUGCCAAGUCUGAACCGGGUCCAUAAAGAACCAUCAGCAUGAAGAAGUUUCUGCUCCACUAUUUCUUCUCAACAGUGCCAUUUAUUCAGAAGAUAACUUUAUUCAUUCUUGUCUAAAUUGGAUUUCACUUCUCAGUCUCUUUGUCUCGUUAAUGAAAUAACAUUACCCAAUGCUAUGACGCCAACGACUGGCUUAUCAGCUUUUAAUUCAUGAGUGCUCCAUAGCAACAACUGAGUGCCAAAUGUUUAAUCCUGGAACACGAGCCAGAAUCCAUUCAGAUUCAAGCACAAACUUCAGUUCAUUUUGGAUUAAAAGAAAACUGACCUGACUUCUGGAUGUUUCAGAACCAGUAUUUUUUUUUCUUAUGAAGCUGCAUUUUGGUGAUUUAACGUAUAAUGUUUGCAUAGUCAUUUUAAAAAGAUGAGGACCUGAUUUAAAAAAAUACUUGUUUCCUUUGGGAAAUUUGGAGCAACUUCAUUUUAAACCCUUUAUGAAUGUUUGUAUAUAAUAUAAUUAUAAUGGUGUUAAAUUCUGACUCACUGUUAAAAUGUGAUUAUUCCUCUGAACUUGUAAAAGCCACUGUACUCAGUAUUUAAGAGCGUUUGUACUACAUAAUGUUUUAUAAAGACUGGAUCAGGGACAUAAGAAAUGAUUGAGCUGGCUGAAAAAAGAAACAUUCCAAUACUGUAUUGCUUAUUAUUGUAGAUUUUUUUUCCAUGUUGAUGUCGUAUGAUCAGUAUGAACUCUGAUGACAUUCUUCUAACAUGAUUGUUCUGUAACUGAGAACUCUAAACCUUUUUCUUCACCUCUGACCUGCUGGGUGGUGUUUGGAUUUUACAUAAUUUUCUGAAAUAUGUCUAGUAAAGAGUAUUCAUGUCUCUCAAACUUUUUUGGUGUUACAACCUCAGACUUCAGUAAACUUUUAGUAGCCUUUUAUGCAAUUGACCAACACAUUCCAAUGAAGAUGAAGAUUUGAUGCAUUGUUUUUAACACAUGUCACAAAUAAAUCUGAAAAGUAUGGUGUUGGGAAUCAAAACUUGCAUCAAUAUUUGGCUUAUGAAAUUAUUAAUAACUGAUGAAUAACUUAUUAUUAAUGAAAUUAUUAAUACAUUUAGAGUUUCUUUACUUGAGUUGGGGCUCCAUUCAGAAUCUGGAACCAUAAGUCAAAUUUUGUCAGCCUCAUGUGCAGGAAUGAAUUUAAAACCACCGUAGAGAAGAAACGUCACACAAGCAAUACAUUCUGACAUGCUUAUUUUUGAUUA